AUAAUGACUGCAAAAUACAGGCGAGGAAAAAGACACGAUGUCGCAGAAUUUUUAAAGAAGAAUUGCACAGAAUGGUCGAAUAACUCGGAUAGCAACAUUAGCGAAUACAUUGACAAUCCAAAGAUAAAAUUGAAAACUUUGCCCCAAGCUCAAGGGAAAGAAAUAAAUAAGGUUAUUGAUGAUUUAAAAGCCGCUUUACCAAAUAUAACUCCCAAAGAAGUGAGAAGGUUUUAUAUGCCGUAUCAUGAGGCGAUACUUCUCGAGUUUAAAGAACAGGGAUAUCAACAAUCGUUUGAUUAUAUGACAAAACUUCUAGAUUUCGAUGAAAAAAUUUCUGAAAAAACGCCUGGCUCGUUAUCAUGGAAAAAACCAUCUUUGAAAGAUCAACAAGAUUUUAUAAACUAUUUGACAAAUGGAUUUAUUGCGUUUGAAAAGAGUAAAAGGAAAGGUGACUACCUUGCACAAGCAACGACACUUUUAGAUAUGGCUCUGUUCUUUCAAUCGAAAACGUGGGAAUGGUGGUGGAUAGCCGACCAUCUCUAUCAAUUUGCCCUUUCAGUUGCGAAAUUGAUAGACGGUGAUGAUGCUAAAACAAUCACAUUGAUACGUUAUUUAUACGGUCGAUUUCUUUGUCACGAAUUACAGAAUCCAACAGAAGCUCUAGAUCAUCUGAACAAGGCGCGAAAGGACUCAGAAAAUAAAACAUGGAACGCAUCAGCAAAACUGAAAAUAAAGCAACAUUGUAUCUUCAAAGAAUGCAACAUUCUUUUGUAUAAAACUCUAUUGAUUUUCGUUCGCACGGAACGUCUCCAAAAUCCCCAGUCCGCUUUGAAGGCUUGCAUUGAAGCUGCAGAAAGAGCAACCGAUGCUGGAAACAUUGAAUAUACAAAUGAAGUGCUUUACGAGCUCGGGAAAUGUUACAUCGCUGUAAACGAAAUUAAAAACGCGUUGCAAAGUUUUUCGAAGCUAUUAGCUCUCGCCAAGAGAACUUCAGAUACCGAGGGUGUUUGUAAUGCGCACAUGGAAUUAGCUUUUACGUACAAACAUCUAAGUGACAGUGACUACACGGAAAAACAUUUACGGAUGUGCCGAGAAAACGCUGAAAAUUUCGGUCUCCUGGAAAAGCUCGCCGAUGCACACUAUUACACAGGCGAACACUAUUUGAGUCAGGGAAAGUUACAUUUAUCUACCAAACAUUUGGAAAACGCACUAAACCUAUACAGUAGACUUGAUUUGACUCGCGAAGCUGAUCAAGCAAGAUGUAUUGCAGGAAUUUCUAAAGGACAAGAAAGAAUCCAGAAAUAUAUUAAUUUGUUACUACGAUGCGGUGAAUAUGAUGAAAAUGCAACGUUGAAACUUUGUCGGUGGAAAAGUUACAGAGAGAUCUUUUGGAUUGAGGAGACCUUUGAUACAAAGUCAGACUUAGAAAUCCAGCAUGAAAAUUCGGACACGCUUUCAUCGUCGUUGUCUUCUACACUUUACAACGAUCAAGCAACGUCGCCACUCUAAAACUCCACAUGUAAUAAUUAUGAUUAAUAAAAUUUAUUACUACAAGUA